AUGAAUGUCUUGAUAUACAAUGGAAAUGGCACUUCUCCCAACGCUGUCAAUCAAACCUACACCACCCUGAAAGCCAUUCUCGGUCAUGCGUACGAUAUCAUGAAAGUGGAUGCUACCACGCUCACAUCGGAGCCCUGGGAAGAGACGUGCUCUCUACUGGUAGUGCCUGGUGGCAGAGAUAGUCCCUACUGCCAAGAUUUGAAUGGACAAGGCACGGCCAAGAUCAAGAACUAUGUGCAUGGUGGUGGAAAUUACGUUGGAUUUUGCGCAGGUGCUUAUUUUGCAUCCAAAGACAUUGAAUUUGAAAAGGGCAAGGCAUUAGAAGUAGUAGGUUCACGCGAAUUGGGCUUCUACCCUGGCACCAGCCGUGGUACCAUGUUUCCAGGGUUUGUCUACAACAGCGAAAAGGGAGCCAGAGCUGUGUCCAUUUUACAUCAACAGCAUAGCUUCAAGGCGUAUUACAAUGGGGGUGGCUACUUUGUGCGCCCUGAGAAACACGACCAAGUCAAAGUCCUUUGUACAUACCAGGAUCCAGGACUAUGUCAAGAUGAAGCUCAAGCAGCAGCAGGUGUUCAAUGUCGAGUAGGCAACGGAACAGCACUGUUAUUUGGAUUUCAUCCCGAGUAUGAUGUCAGCAUGGUGGAUUUGAGCGAUAAUGACAACAAGCAGCAAAUCACUCAAGAAUUGGCAGCAUCUUUACCCACCUGUCGAGCAUUCCUUGGUCAACUGCUAUCCGACAUUGGACUCAAAGUAAAAAAUAAAAUAGAAGAAAGCAGCGUGCCUAAUUUGACACCCAUAUAUCUGGCCACGGCUUCAGGCGCAUUGCUCAAGAGCGUCACUGAACACCUGCUGGGUCAAACAGACGACAGCUCCGUGUUCAACGAUACCAAUGACAGUUUUUAUAUUACACAAAUCUAUGACGAGAAGAAAGAAGAGAGCCAUCAACUCACCGAGGCACUGCAGCAACUAUCGCUUAAACGUGAAUCUGAGGAUAAAUCGCCUGUGCUCGAGAUCUUAUACCCGGCAUUGAUGUUGGACAACCAAGAAAAAGACAAGGCUCCUCAAGUGCCCGAAAAGGAGUUGACCCCCCUGUUUGAUUUGAAGGCCUAUUUCGAAGCAUUGGGUGAGCGUAGAAAGCAAGAAUGGGGAGGUGGAUCGUGGUAUCGGUUUGGUAAUGCCGUGCUCUACAGUGAGGUUAUCACCAGUACACAGACUAUCUUGGACAAGAACUAUAAUUUCGCUCAGUGUUUGCCUACUGGUCUUGUUUGUCUGGCAACUAACCAAAUAGCAGGAAGAGGCAGAGGACGCAAUUCGUGGGUCUCACAAGCGGGUGCAUUACAGUUUAGCUUUGUGGUCCGACAUGGAUUACAUUUAUCACAAUCGCCUGUUGUCUUUGUUCAAUAUCUGAUUGCACUCUCUAUUGUAGAAAGCAUUCGCACUCGCAAGGGAUAUGAAGAUGUGCCACUACGCUUGAAAUGGCCCAAUGAUAUCUACGCUGAUUUAGAGGAUGAAGGCCUCAAGAAGGUGGGUGGUCUCUUGGUCAACUCUAGCUUUGCUCGGGAUGAGUUUUUGCUGGUCAUUGGUUGUGGCAUCAAUUUGGAUAAUGCUCACCCGACUGUUUCCAUUAAUGAUGUGAUUCAAAAGCACAAUCCAGCACUCAAAAGACUGGACCGAGAAGAAGUGCUGGCUCAUGUGUUGGUGACAUUUGAAAAGUACUAUAUGGAAUUUUGCGAAAAGGGCAUUGGUGCCUGGUUCCUGGACAAAUAUUACCAGCGUUGGCUUCACAGCAACAAAUUGGUAACAUUGACAACCCACAAUGACGAGAAGGCCAAGAUUGUUGGCAUUACCAGCGAUUAUGGCAUGUUGGAGGCUGUUAGUGUCCACAAUCCCAAGGUCAAAUUUACACUUCAACCUGAUGGUAACAGUUUCGAUAUGCUCAAGGGGUUGAUUAUCAAGAAACAAUAG